UCUUUUUUUUUCCGUUCGCUCGUCCGAAUAACGUCUCCCCUAAAAAGCACCAUCAUUCAUUUCCCCCUGUCUCUCUCUCUCUCUCAUGUCUCUCACGCCUCUUCCAGUCCUCCUCCUCGCUCAUGGCCUCUAUAAAUAGCUACCUCCUCGUCCUCUCAAACUCCGGGGGCUCCGUUGGCGUUUCUCUUUCCUCUCGCAAUUAAUUGGAGAUCUAAGUGAGGGGAUCGCCACUUCUCUCCGUCGCCGAUCCCCCUUCUUCGCUCGCUCGCGCUCGAGGGUUUGAUUCUUGGGUUGAUUGGGAGAGAUGGAGGAGGGCUUGGUGCUGAACUGGGGGGUUUUCAGAGCGGUGCUCGCGAUUCUGCAGUGGUGGGGGUUCAACGUCACCGUCAUCAUCAUGAACAAGUGGAUCUUUCAGAACUUGGAUUUUAAGUUUCCUCUGACAGUAUCAUGCAUCCACUUCAUAUGCUCUUCUGUUGGAGCUUAUAUCGCCAUAAAAGUACUGAAGAUUAAACCACUUAUCGAAGUUGAACCAGAGGACCGUUGGAAAAGAAUAUUCCCUAUGUCCUUUGUUUUCUGCAUCAACAUUGUGCUGGGAAAUGUGAGCUUGCGGUAUAUACCUGUUUCUUUCAUGCAGACAAUAAAAUCUUUCACUCCUGCAACAACAGUUAUCCUUCAGUGGUUAGUAUGGAGAAGGUACUUUGAGUGGCGCAUAUGGACAUCACUGAUUCCCAUUGUUGGAGGGAUUCUUUUGACGUCUAUCACGGAGCUUAGCUUCAAUGCGUUUGGAUUCUGUGCUGCCUUAUUUGGUUGUUUGGCUACAUCCACAAAGACAAUCCUGGCAGAAUCCCUUCUCCAUGGAUAUAAAUUUGAUAGUAUAAACACAGUCUAUUAUAUGGCCCCCUUUGCAACUAUGAUACUGGCAAUACCAGCAGUGUUACUCGAAGGAGCAGGAGUUUUUAACUGGUUUUACACACAUGAAUCCAUCUUUUCUGCAAUGAUAAUCAUCUUUACCUCAGGAAUUUUGGCCUUCUGUCUCAACUUCUCCAUAUUUUAUGUGAUCCAUUCCACUACUGCUGUAACCUUCAAUGUAGCAGGCAAUCUGAAGGUGGCAGUUGCUGUCUUGGUCUCGUGGCUCAUCUUUCGAAAUCCAAUUUCUGGCAUGAAUGCUAUCGGAUGUGCAAUCACUCUUUCAGGCUGCACAUUCUAUGGCUAUGUGAGGCAUAAACUAUCUCAGCAGCAAUUACCUGGAACCCCUCGAACUCCACGAACACCAAGGACACCGAGAAGCAGAUUAGAGGUGACUCCACUUGUAAAUGAGAAGCAAGAUAAGGUUUAGUGCUCUGGAGAGCUUGAGAAGCAUUUCUCAUCAUUGGUUCACACCGAUGACAAGCAUUUAAAAAGAGUGUAAGAAGAUGAUAUUUAUUGGCUGUGAUGCUUCCUUUCUGAUCUCCACAGCUCCAUUCUCCGAAAGGUUUCAGGCUCUAAUCUAGAUUCCCGGCUAUGUGGUAACUGAGCAAUGAGAACUUAUCAUUUUUUCCCUCCCUUUCUGCUUUUUUGCUUUUUUAAUAAACUUAUAGGAGAACGUUUGUUAUAAUUUAAGCAGUGAACUCUUGAGGACUCUAAGCUUUAAAUGAAUAUAUGUUCUGUCUUCUCCAUUUUCACUAAUA